GAAAGCAUUCGCAGUGUGUGUUGCCUCUGCUCUGCUGUUCGCUCCACGACAGUGAGCCAAAGUCAAACCAAAACUAGAUUCGGUGCGCUGCAGUUCGGACGUUUUUUUCUUCCUCUCGUUCAGCUUGUUUUUGGAUUUGCUCAACGGGAAUGAAGUGUGUUGAUUUUUUGACCUGGACGCAAUAUUGUCGCGAGUGACUUUCGCCCUACGGACAGGGGAUCCAAGUGUGAUAGGUGUUUAUAAGAAGCCGUUUGUGAGUUGCAUAUUUCCGCUUCGGUUUCGAUCAUCGACUAUCGCUAUUUCUCGGUACCAUUUCCUGUGACCUGAGUGCCUAGUGAAAGAAUUUUCUCCGGAAGAUUGGAAAACGGCUGCCCCAAAGUGUUGAUCUGGAAGAAAACUGAGAGGGGAUAAAUCUGGGAAUAUCGGAAAACGAAAAUGUGACGUUUCGUGGCAAAAAUUGGAUAAAAUUGAUCCAUCAUUGGUGAGAAAUGAGAAGAAGAAAGUAAAUAAAGUUAUUUUGUGCGAUUACUGCGAUGCAGGGAAAAUGUUUUCAUCUUCGUCAUGGAUGUUGGCUCUUGUCGAGUAGCUCAGCAACAAUGGUGGAUUACUUUGCGAUGCUGCUUUGGCGACAACAGCAGCCCUCUCUAGUUGAUGCGGCUGAAUUGUAACUAUUGAAAAGAAAAUAACAUGAUGUGUUGUGCAAAACUUAAACCAAAAUGGCAAUCUUCCUCUAAUGUAACGGAAUACCUUUAAUUUAGCAUUGAAAAACCUCUGGAAUAUUGAACUUCUGUGUGAAUGUGUGCUUCUAGACUGAUUAAAUAACAUUGAAGAAACACUCAAAAACGAUCAAGGAACAAAUUUGAAAAGUAUUACAGCAGUUGAGAAUACAUUGGUUACCGGAAAGUAUCAGUCGAUAGCUAUCUACCUUGCAUGAAGUGGAAGCAGUGUAGUUCAGUGUCAAAAUCCACGUGAUAAUGUGAUAACGCAAUUCAGAAAAGUUCUGUGGAAGUGUUCACCGAGUCACCCACAAUUGAUGAAAAAUUCAUACAGUGUGUCGAAGAAAAUUCGGGCUAUAGAUUGUUGCAGUGCUAUUCAGGGCGUAUCAAGAAACAAUCUAAUUAUCACUUUCCAUCCUCUCCGGCGGGAUGCGCUGUGGGAGGUAAUGUGUUAUGAGUUGUCGCCGUCUUGAUCAGUGGUGGUCAUUUGAGGUGCGGCAGUAUCUCGGUACUAAAUUGCCACCGGUGGCAAUCGUGAGCUGAUAACGAUGAACGUUGGACAACAUAGCGGCCCCGGGCCGCCACUGAUCCGCACCGGAUGUUCGGAUCGCUCGGUUACUGGCCCUUCAUGCCGGGCACUGCGUACGGCCGUGUCGGCACUAUACUGCUUGGAUGAUUUUAUACGGGAAAAGAUCGGAGAGGGCUUCUUCUCGGAGGUUUAUAAGGUGACACACCGAACGACUGGAGACGUAAUGGUGCUGAAAAUGAACCAGCGCCGAGCGAACCGGCCCAACAUGUUGCGGGAAGUUCAAUUGCUGAACAAGCUGUCACAUCCGAAUAUCCUAAGAUUCAUGGGCGUCUGUGUGCAAGAAGGUCAGCUGCACGCCCUCACCGAGUACAUCGAAGACGGUUCCCUGGAGCAACUGAUCGCAAAUAGCGCCAUUUAUUUGUCACCGCUGCUGAAAAUACGGGUCGCACUCGGGAUCGCUCGAGGGAUGCAGUACGUGCACGAUGUUGGUAUCUUUCAUCGUGACCUCACGAGCAAGAAUGUGCUAGUAAAGCGAACUGUGGACGGAAUGUAUGAUGCAGUGGUCGGGGAUUUUGGACUGGCAGCCAACAUCCCGCGGAAAUGCGGUAAACCACGACUGGACACAGUAGGAUCGCCCUACUGGAUGAGCCCCGAGUGCUUGAAAGGGCAAUGGUACGAUCAAACCAGUGACGUGUUUUCCUACGGGAUCAUCCUCUGCGAGCUCAUUGCACGGAUUGAGGCUGAUCCCGAUAUUAUGCCAAGGACUGAUUCGUUCGGAUUGGAUUACAUUGUGUUUGCUGAUCUGUGUCCGAAUGAUACGCCACCGGCGUUUUUAAGACUGGCUUUUUAUUGUUGUACCUAUGAUCCAAAGAGUCGCCCUACGUUUACUGAGUGCAUCAAAAAAUGCACGUUACUGUCGGACGUGUGUGAAGAUAGCUACAAUCAGCAGCAACAUAGGCAUAGUAUAAGCAAUGGCACUAAUUCUAACACCGUCCUAUCCUCGCCAUCACCAGCGAACGGCAAUGGUACCCCAUCACUAGUGACCUCUUCUCCUGUACAUAGCAUUAGCAAUAAUUGUAAUACGAACGGUACCAAUAGUAACAGCAGUAUUGGCAGCAUGUCGACAACUUCAAUAACAAAGAAUGUCAUAGGAAAACGGAAUUCAAUAGAUGUCACUAACAUCAGUCCAACGAGUGAAGCGGCCAAAGAAGUGGGUAAAGAAAAUCUAAGUCGAGAGAAUAGCUUGAACGGAGACCGCGAUGGAGAUAAUCCUCUCCAUCAUCGAAGAUCGUUAUCCGAGAACGUCAUUGUGUUUCCACCUCAUACCACGCCUAGUGAUAAAGCGCGCUAUCACAUGUAUCAACGGGCGAGUAGUAAACUGGCCGAAUCCGUAAUUCCCGAGUCGCCUACCUACUCCAAUCAAACGCUGCGGAAGGUAGCGGAAACAAUGCUACUGAAAGAUCCCCAGUACAAACUUCUAGCAAAGAUGGACCAGGGUGGGCUGCCAAAGGCGAACCCAUUCAGUGCGUUAUCGCAACUGAAGGGCGUGAAGAAGAUUCUCGGCCCCAAUCCGGCGGUCACGACGUACAGCUCCGGGGAUCUGUUCAGUUCUUGCUUUGAAAUAUCGGCUCCACUGCUGCGGGAGUGGAACAUAGUACAAAACCGGAACGCGAAGAAUCGAGAUGGUUUGAGCAGCGGAGGCAGUAGCGUUGAAGGCCAGCCAAAAAGCCUACCAAGCUCUCCAACGUCCCCACGCAAAGAGUAUUGCGAAGAAGAGGAAGAAGAUAGUGUAACUAUGAAAACCAAGGGAGCGAGCAAACCCAGAGCCACAGAUCAGCAAGAAAUCGGCUCUACCGAGGAAAUGGCCAACCAACCCGGAUAUACGUUCUCUCGUAAAGUAUCCGUUGGGGGUGGUUCCGGGAUCAAGAAAUAUCGCGCGAAUUUCACCGAACUCUCUAGUCACCCGCUUUACAAGAGUGGAGCGAUUGAGACUGAAUCCAGCAGCGUGGGUGAAUGUGCCAUAAAUGGCGAGAGCUCUGCUGGCAACAAUACCGACAGCGGAACUGAAGAAGGAGGAAACGAGCUGGUACCUUCAAAGCAGGUCAACGCUGGCACGGGCUGUAUAAAGAAAUCGUCUUCUACUGUGAUAGGGGAUGGAAUUUUGGAGACUCCCAGGAUACUGACGAGGAGAGGUUCGACGGAAAGCGGUUUCUUCUCAUGUUUGAAUGAAGACUUCAGUACGUACAAGUCGUCGCAAUGUUGUUGCAUGGAUAAAGUAAAUUUCGAAUCUGCGGAUCGACUGUCCGUCUGUAGGUGUGUCUACGGAGGUGUGAAUAAUAUUGCUGGAAAAUUGGAAGAUUUGGAACUGGCCUCCAAUCAAACUUUGAACGACAGCUCCAGUGUACUGCUAUUUGAUGAAUCAUCGACGAAUGUAAGCUCGUUGAGAAGCAUGGAUGAUCUUGAGCUAUCGGACUCUAUUAGGAAAAAGUUCAAUUACCGACAUCAUGUGCUGAGUAAUGUAGAUAUCGAUGCACGAUCUAUAGAUAUGGGCCUUAUCAACAGGCUUGCACUAGAUUCGGAAAUACAUAGCAUGAUUCAGAAGAAUCAAUUUACAAAUCAACUGCUGUAUUGUAAAAAUCGAUCUUCGUCAAUUUUCACCGAUAGCUCGGAUGAUAUCAGUUCGUUGGCUGGCUCAGACUCACUGCUGUGGGACGAUCGGUCGUUCACAACAAUACCCAAUGCACGAUCCGCACAAAUUGCCAAAAUAGUCGAAUAUUUCGAGCGGAAAGGUCAAACCUUCAAACCAUUCACCGUACCUGAUUCGGCUCUCGGAUUUUCCGCGGGUCAAGCUGGCUCAUCGGCGUCCUCAACGUCAUCGUCAGCUUCUGGUGGUCACCAUCAGUAUCAGUAUCAUCACAUGCAUCGCAGUGGCGGAACCUCUGCUACCGAUCCGGCACGAAGGCCAUCCAACGGCUAUUGUAAAUUGACAUCGGCGGAACUCCGGCAACGGACAGAGUACGAGGCGUUCUGCUUAGACUUGGAACGGAAGCAGACAUCGGUGGGCUUGCAACAGCAACAGCAGCAGUUUCAGUAUCAACAACAGGCGCAGCAACACCAUCGAUUGAACAACAUCUGCGAAGGGAACGUCAGGUCGAAGCUCCAGCUGUUCGAUAAGAUGAAGCAGCAAAAUGUUAAUGCGGCGAUUGCGCCACAGAUUACAAAUUCAGGAAGUAAUAGUAGUAUAAAUAGUGUCAGCGGGAUGGCAUUCCCGGCGACCAGUGGUAACAUCGCGAAUAAUAAUGAACCUUAAUGUUCAUCGAUGUGGGCAUAAAGUUUAAAAUUUCAAGAUAAAACCGGAAACGGUUCGGACUGGUUUAACUUUUUUCUUUUUUUUAUCAGGACCUGGUGUCAGCUGUUACAGUAGGUCGAUCAUUAUACUCGAAUGACCUUUAUACUAAUUUCAUACCCUGGCAUAUUUUUGUGCAAAUUCUUUUGAAAUUGAUCCGCCUUAUAUGUAUCCAUGUAUCAAUGCUCCGUCCGUGGCCGCAAAAAAAGAGAACGGAUCUCCGGAUAUGGCAAUUUACCGACUGUAUGUGCACUUUGCUUCGGUAUCGCGAACACGGUGGCUUUAUUCGAGGCCUUGUUUUCCGCCACCGUCAUUUGUAUAAGAACCGGGAACACUAUACCAAUGCAGCAUUUUAUUUCGCUGGAUCCGGAACUCAGAUUGUGACGAUGGUUUUUGGUAGCCUUGAGAUACCGGAGGACCCUCUUUGCUACGGUCCCAUCUCGGUUGAAGGAAUUAGUAACUUUUCUUGACAGUACUGACACAGGGGCUGAGAAUUACCCGUGUUCUAAAAGCAAACUGCUAACCAAAUGCGGUAAGAUGUGUUUGUAUACCUAUUGCCUAUAGGCAAUUGGUCUUCCUCCUUUUGGGUAAGGUACGCGGAGUCGAUUGGCACCUUUGAUGGUUUCGCUUCUUCGCCUAACCACUUUUUCGAUGUAAUUUGUGUGGUCGAGGGUGUAAUAUUUAAUGACUUUUUCGACACAUAGGAACUGCUUCAACUUUCCGAGGCAGAAUAGUUUGAACGUUUACUGUAGUUGUUGACAUAUCUUAGCGAAUUCUUCCCGUUGUGGUUCUACACUUUCAUGCAUGAAUUUCUGCUUGUUGGAAGCUCAUGAACUUGAACACUCCGUAGGUCGUUGAUUUCCAUGAGGAUUGUUUCAGCCCAUAAAAGUUGCAUUUGAGAUUGCAUACCACGUCGUUUCAAUCGAAACCGGGAGGCUGUUUCUUGUAAGUGUCUUCUAGCAGAUCCACAUACAGGCGCGUCCAGGUGUUUAACAAACAUUUGUUGCUUACAGGCUUGUUCGAAGAUAGUCCGAAGAGUUUUCUUGGCAGAAUUGGGGUUUGAUCCCACGAAACCAGUACGCUAGACAGUUGCUUUCCCUACUAAGCUAAGAAGGACCUCCAUCGUCUUCCGCAGCUCAGAGUUACUAAUGAGAUCAAAUUUCCAACAGGUACAUAGCUGAACUCUCGCAAUCUAUUUUUCGGGUUAGAAACCUUUUUUUGUGUGUCUUUAUUAAGGAGACUUUCAGCCCGAGGCUGGCUCGUCUCCUGGCUUAGGAACCUCACAAUUAACAACUGUGGAAGUGCUUACUAAACACUAAGCUGCGAGGCGGCAAUGUCCCAGUUUCUCCACUGAUUCCAAUAAGAAGAAGAAGUGUGUGCCGCUUCUCGAUGUUGCACUACCAAAGUUAUAAUUUUACGGCAGAUUGAAAGAGACAAACGACACUCGGCGGUGGUAAUUCGAACGAAAACCUCUUUCCUUCAUCCAAUUUUUCUUGCACCUUAAAGCUCUGAGCUACUAGAAAUUCUUACCAAUCAAAAACAAGGAAUAAAAAUUGUUUUGUUGUCAUGUCUCGUAGUUUUUUUUUAAAUCUAGUACUUAUUUAAACGUUCUUUCGAUUCCCUGAUCUCUCCUUAUAUCGAUGGACUUUUCAACAUCGAGAAGUGAAGAGUCGAUUUAUUAUAAUAGGUAAAUGUUUACUUUUUCAGCCUUUACUAUUCAGCUUUAAGAAUUUUCAGCAUUAUGUAAUGGUAUCGCGAAAUAACGUGUUAUAAAGUGACUCAAAUAAUUGGUAGGUAUGUUACAGCUGAUUCUCAGGUCCGAAUAUUUUCGAUACAUAUAAAUCGAAUCGAACUUGGAUUAAACAUGUAGGCUUAAAAAAAUGGAUGCCUAGAAUAUAUGUGUGGUCAAUUAACUGACCACAUGGUGCGUUGAAAACAGAACUUGAUUGUCUCAAAAGACGGAAUCGACGAGCAAUGAGUAUACACAGAAGAACUGUUACUAAUGUUGCAACUGUUACCCUUGCAAAUGCACAAACAUUUUUUUAUUCUGUUUCAUGUAUGUAAGAACCUAUCUGCGUCGUCAUUGAUUACGAUUAUGCGAUUAAAAGUAAGCAAAUAAAAUCCUUUCACGAAGAACAGGAAAUAAUCCGCCAGUGUUUUAUUCAUCAAUGCAAGAGGAUUGUUUGUAUAUUCGUAUAUAACAUUAAAGGCCUUAUAUUUUUCAAGAAACUACAAAUAAAUGAAUUGAAACACACCAUAGAAUUAAAAAAAAAACUCACAUGUUUACUAGAGUGCAAACAGACCCAACUACACAGUGUACAUUGUAGAUAAAAAUAUACAUUUAAAAGUUAGAAAAACAAGAAUUGUUUUCUGUUGUAGUCAAAAUUAUACACAAUGAACGCAAUCGGAAACAGACAGACAUAGAACAUUUAUCACUCAAUUAUUAGAGUAUAAUACCACAAACAUAUGAACAUACGUUUGAAACUUUUUGACGUCCAUUUAAUAAGUGAAGAAGAUAUAAUGAUCAUUUAUCUAGUGAUAAAUAAGCUAAACAUAAUAUUAAUGUAGUUGUCGCAGAUUAAUAAAAUGAAAAGAAGAAGAAGAGAAAACGCAACUAAUGCCAAAACAUUCUACCCAGAUAUUUUACAUAAAUCCAACGUCGAAUCAUUAAAUCGUCUUCCCCAUCCUUCAUAUAUAAAACAUAAAGCCAAGCAGUGUUGAACGGGCUGAUAAAGCUUGUUAACAACCUUCCAUUUCCAGUUGCCAAUCUCCAGUCUGACUUUAGCCAAUCCAACCUAACCUAACCUAUCGCACCAGGAGGAAACAAACCUUGAAAUAGCUUUAACAGUAUUUUAUGUUCCUAGAUUUGUGUAUCGUAGAUUCAUCUCACUACAAAGCGAUACAGAUGGAACAACGAGGUUUUUCGCAAUCAAUGAAUUCAGCUCACAAUCAAAAUACAAAACGCAGCUUUUCUAUUUUUCUCUUAGUACCGUAUGAAUAGAAACCGUUCAGUAUCAUAACCAUAUCGCUUAUCGUAUCACAUAAUAUCCAUAUCUUUGAAUUUACUUUUAUACUUUCCGAAUGACUGUGGAGGUUUUUUGAAGCUGAUUGAUUGAUUAUGUCAGUUUUUAUAUCAAUUGAACGUUUACGGAUUGAUGACUUUGUACCUAAAAUUAAUUUGAUUUCGGAUCUUUGCAUUAUAUCUAAUCGUACCGUGAGCGCAUAUCCUUUGGCGUAUUCCCUAAUUCUGUAGUUUUUAUGCAAAAUUUGCAUAACAGUGAUCCUCGUAGGAUUACUUUCUUCUGUGCAUUCAAGCAUGGAGGCUUUUGGGAAUAAUAUAUCAACAACAUUUCAUGAAUUUUACGAUGAUAUCAAAAAGUGUACAGAAUAUAGUGCGUUCACCAUACCAUGUUCGGGGCAAAUAAAGUUCCUUAAAAUGAGCAGAAAAUACACUUCAUUCAACAUUUGGACAAACUUUAGAGGAUAAAACAAUGACAAAUUACGAUUUUUCUAUAUUUCACACUUGAGCACACACGCGGGUAUUUUUGUACAAUACUACCUGGUGGAAAAACAUGGCUCGUAAUAUACAGCUCAAACAGCCUGAAUAUAUGAUCCUGAACCGUGGAUGUGAUGAAAACGUUGGUUAAUUUUUUCUCAAUAAUAUUUACUAGUUAAUCGGAAUAAAAAAAAUGUAUUCCAAACACAGUAACUUUUGUGAACUAGGCUUUCUCCCUUACAUUUGGAAAGUUGUAUUGAAAUGGGCAUAUUUGCAAUACUAGUUUAUAUUGUAAGGGUGAAAUCAGGAGUGAUUCAGUUUGAUUCUAAAUUUUCGACCACUAUUCUAGUUUGCAUCUGGAGCAAAAUAGAACAAACUCGCUGGUUUCCCCAGCAGUGUUCUAUUCACGUUUUUCAAAUUUUCAAUUAAUUGAAAUCAUUAUGUUACUGCCAAGAAAGGCGCCGGAAUUGCAAAGUGGAUUGAUCCGUAGAUAAAAUGACGCAUCCAUACACCAAAACAAUUGAAAAAUAUUUGAAUCUCGUGAUUCAAUCGUGGUUCAAAUCUGCAGAAAAUAGAACGGAGCGUUAUACCAGUUUUAUUUUUUUGACAGUUGACUGGUAUAAAAACUGAAUCUAGAACAGCUGCUGGGAAAUUCAAUGUUUCAGAUUCAUAUUCAAACUGACAGCCCCGAACGAUUUGAAUCACUGCUGAUUUUACUCUAAUAAUUUUACGAUUCGAUUAUCACCGUAUGGUUCUACAUUAUCGAUUAAGUAGUUUUUAGUGAUAAGCAUAUCUUCUAUUGAGAUUAAAUUAGGCGUGAGUGAGACUUUUGUUUUUAAUAGAAAGCAGCAUUAGAACGUACUUGUCAUUUUGUAGAAUAUUUUAGUAUAAUUUUCUUCUUAUGAAUCCUAAGUAGCUAUUUAUUUUUCAAUCUGUUCUAGAGCUAUGUUGAAAAUGGAAUUCUUGAUUGACACCUAUGAAUAUAUUCAUCCCAAAUAUAAAAACUUAAUUUCCAUUAUUGGCUGAUGAACUGCACAAAGCCAAAAAAGUAAAAAGGUUGCAAACAGCUGCAUAGUUUAAGCGUACGAGUCAAGACAGUUUUAGUGUUCCUUAUUUAUUUUUUAACCAGAUGCAGUUUUUGUGUUCACAGCACUAAACGGAAGCGAUUGAAGAUUACUAACAAAACAAUUUAGGAACAGAAGAAAGACUUCACAACAAAGAGGCAGACACCUUAUGUUCUGGUAAUCGAUUUUGCUGUUUGAGAUUCGAUAGAAAGUUGGAUAAGCCGUCAGAUAUUCUGAUAGGUAGUCAUUGCUUCAUGAAGUGAUGCUACCAAGAAAUUGAAGCCAAAAUUUGAAAUUAUAUUUAAAGUAUUGUAUUACCAUAGGGUUUUUCUUCUAUUUGAUCCUUAUGUUCCGUAUGUUUCUUCCUAUAUAACAGUAAAUGAAAUAAUAAUGGAUUGAAGAUAGACUUUUCUCCUUCUAAUAUGAAACCUCGGGAGCAUGCGAACCAAAUAGGAACAUUUACCCUAUUUACCGGUCGAUGUAAAAUGCGAUAGACGAAUACAAAUUUUAUCAAGAAAAGGGAUCUCUUCGUGAGUGAUGAGAAAGACGCAAAAAAUGUAUCACUUCUCUGUGUAAAUGGAAAUCAAUUACAAAAUAAUUAUCAUUCAUAUUGAUUGCAGAUUGAUCGGGAUCAUAUUAAAAAUUGGGAGAGUGGAGUAUAUAUGUACAUAAAAAUCUUAAGUCGCAAAGUCAAUAAACGGAGAAAAAUUAAAACAGAUAUUUAUAAUUUGAAAACCGGAAUACAAAGAAUAAAAUAAA